UAUAACUUUUUUGUUUAUUUUGUUUUUUUUUUUGCCAAAAUUAAUUAUGUACUCGUUUGUUGGCUAAUCAGCGAACUUUCCAGCACUGAAAAUAACAUCGCAUGCAUUGAUAUAUCGGAAUCGUUGGUGUAUAUGUGUAUACCCCAUACCUAGCGGCAGCGGCGUUUUCGUUGUGUCAAAACAACAAAGCAUAGGCAACAAAAAACGAAUCAACGAACAAGAAGAAAAAAAAACGGCGAAGAACGUAAAGCCAACAACGAAAUUCAUACGCAUUUAUUAAUUUGCGCUGUACUAACACGCAUAUGCGGCAGCCGCAACAUAUAACUUUUGCCCAGGGAUCAUCAGCACUUGACACUGUGUUCAAAAACAUUGUGAUUUGAUAAACAACAUAAGCGAACGCCGCCAACGCGAUGAAAAUCACCGUCACCACCACCGAUGAUAAGCUUUUCUUUCUAGAUGUUGCCGAAGAUUUAGAGCUGGAAAAUCUGAAGGCACUCUGCGCCAUGGAAAUUGGUUCUGAAGUUACCCAAAUUAUGGUACUCUUCAAUGGCCGCGAGUUGACCAACGAUAAGCAUACGCUUCAGCAGUUCGGUGUGCGCGACGGUGACUGCAUAAUGCUGCAGCGACGUAGAAGCAAUGCCAAUCGUACAGGUGCCAAUAAUCCAUCGAUCACCCAUUUGGAUUUUAGCAGCAUUGCUGUGCCCGGGACGAGUACAACAGGUGGCAGUCCGCCCACACAGGUCGCUGGAGCGACCGGGAGUACGCUCAGUAUGCAGCAGCAAUUGCAACAGCAUUUAGAGCAGCAGCAACAGCAGCAACAUCUCUCCGAUGUGCCCAUGACAGAUGAUUUCAAUGUUAACUUUGACGAUGAUCCGGCGACGGUGCGUCAAAUGUUUUUGUCCAGUCCAGAGACAUUGGCUUUGCUCCGCCAGUACAAUACCCGUCUGGCUGAGGCCUUGGACUCGGGUGAUUCGGAAACGUUUGCGAGAGUGCUGCGUGAGCAUAUAGCAGAGCGCAAGCGUCGCAAUGAGCAACGCAUGCGCAUGCUCAGCGCGGAUCCAUUUGACGAGGAGACACAGCGGCUCAUUGCCGAGGAGAUCAAGCAGAAAAAUAUCCAGGAUAAUAUGGCUGCGGCGAUUGAAUACAAUCCGGAAAUUUUUGGCACAGUCACAAUGCUCUACAUUAACUGCAAGGUGAACGGAACGCCCGUCAAGGCGUUCGUUGACUCUGGCGCACAGACGACAAUCAUGAGCAAGGGCUGUGCGGAGCGUUGUCAUGUGAAUCGUCUCAUCGAUACGCGCUGGAAUGGCAUUGCCAAGGGUGUUGGAACACAGCCCAUUCUGGGUCGCAUCCAUAUGGUCCAGUUGCAGAUUGAGAAUGAUCAUUUGACGUCCAGUUUUACGGUGUUGGGCCAACAGCCCAUGGACAUGCUCUUGGGCCUGGACAUGCUCAAGCGGCAUCAGUGCCUUAUUGACUUGCAACGAAAUUUGUUGAUCAUUGGCACCACUGGUACCACAACACCGUUUUUACCCGAAAGCGAGUUGCCCGCCUGUGCUCGCCUCACUGGUAAUCCAGAGGAUAGCGAGCAGCAGGCUAUCGACAAGGCCAUUGAGCAGAGCAAGCGGGAAGGCGGCGGUGCCAGCACCAGCAGAAGUGCCACAGCUACUGCCACAGCCACUGCCACGGCUACUACCAGCACUGGCAGCGGCGCCACCUUUGAUAUAAGCAAUAUUAACUCAAUACAGCCGUUGGAUAGUUUUACGGAACAGGAUGUUAGUGAAUUGAUGCAAUUGGGCUAUCCGCGAGGCGAUGUGCUCACCGUGUUGAGGCUGUGCAAUGGCAACAAGGCCGUUGCCAGCUCAAUGCUCCUUAGCCGCAAUGCCGCCGCUGGCGGCGGUGCACUUAGCUGAACGUUGGUUCCCUGGCGUCAGCAACUGCUCCUAUUUUACUGCUCUGGGAUCAAUCAAAACCAUUUUGCAAUACUGGAACCACCACCACCACUACGAACUCAAUCCGAUAUAACUUAACAUCUUUUGCGAAUUCGAAUUAAGAGUUCAUUUUCUCAAACUAAAAUCAAUUUUAUGAACUUUUUACAUCUCUUUGUACAAUAGCUAAUUAAUCGAGGAAUUGCGAUGAUUUAUAAUUUCUUAUCAAUUUUAUUUAGACCUAAUAACCAGAAUGGAAUGGGCCCUGCAACCAAAAACCUUUUUUGGAACGUAUUGCAAACUAAGCCUACAAAUAGAUUUAUAUACAGACCCUGUAAUACACAGACACACACACACAUACACACACACACACAUACACACAUACAAGUGCACACUUUUUACACAUCUAGGUACAUAUAGUAAUAUAUGUAUAUAUUCAUAUAUACACGAUUUGAGCUAGUAUUAAGACUAUAAUCAUAUAAUGUAUGUGAGAAGUGGAAUGGUUAAAUAAAGUGAAUUGUUUUUGGAUUGGAUUGGAA